AUAAAAGCGGCUGGGCAUUGGUGUUAGCAGUUAGUUAGUAACUUAAGUCUGUAGAGUAACUGUCGAGAAUGUCGGUUACGUAUGAACUACUCGUUUCGUUGUUAAUAUGUUGCGUAUCAAUUUCUGCACAAAAAUCCAAAACAAAUAGUACUCGUAUAAUUGGCGGUCAUCCCGUCGAUCAUCCUAUCCCAUAUCAAGUUUCUUUACAAGUUCGUGUAAGGAAAUCAGCCAUAAGUAUCCCUUUCCUCACAGAAAAUAGAGACUGGGCCCACAUUUGUGGUGGUUCUAUUAUAAGUUCCCAGCAUGUCCUCACAGCAGCCCAUUGCGUCGAUGGUGCAGAUACCAAUAAAAUGUCAAUUUUAGUUGGAACUAACAAACGCAGCAGCGGAGGUGUUAGAUACGAUGUCGAAUCUUAUGUAAUGCAUCCCACAUACGAACCUCUGAAAACUGGAGAUGUCGCCGUUAUGAAAGUUAAAAAGCAAUUCCAGUUUACAAGAAGUAUAAAUACCAUCGAGUUGAGUAAAGAUUUUGUAGGUGGGAACGUUCCUUGUAAAUUGUCGGGAUGGGGAUUCACGAGGUCUAUAACUAUUGGCAAUUUGCCUGAAACUCUCCACACAAUCGAUCUUCUCACAAUCACAAAUGAGGAAUGUACAGAACAAGGCUACAAUGUAAGUGACGGUGAAAUCUGCACUUACAAAGGAAUUCUGCAAGGUGCAUGUGCGGGUGAUUCAGGUGGACCACUAGUAACUACUGACCGAAAGAAACAGUUUGGAAUUGUAUCUUAUGGAACUUCAAUUUGCUCAAUUGGGUACCCUGAUGCCUUCACUAGAGUUGCUUACUAUGUGCCGUGGAUAGAGGAGCAAAUGAGAGAUGGAAAAGAUCCAGUUGACGCAGAAUCUUCAGGAGAUUCAACACCUUCGAAUUUGGCUGACUCGGGCCCUUUAGUUUUCGCAAAGGUUUAAGAUCUUUAGUUUAUCGGUGAAUUAUGCAUAGUAUUAUUGAUGAGAAUAUAUUGGAAAAUUAUAAGCUUUA